AUAUACCUUGGUAGCUAGCUAACUAUCUGUCAUUUAUCUAUUUAUUCAUCUACUAAUUAAUCUAUGUAUAUAUUUAUCUAUUUAUUCAUCUAUUUAUUUACCUAUCUAGGUAUCUACUUAUUCACCUAUCUAUCUAUUAUGUAUCCAUUUAUCCAUUUAUGUAUCUAUUUAUUUAUCUCUCUAUCUAUCUAUUAAUAUAAAGUAAAGCAAAGAAAACGAAAAAAAAAAAAAAGACUUCGUGUCAAAGUCAAAUACGGACUGCAAGUCACACCUUCAUAAAUACAAACUGGUUUCCUGUCCGGCGGGCGGUCUUCCCCCAGCCCGGCCUCCGUCAUGGGCGUCGUCAAGUGCACCAGCGCUGGAUCCACGCCCUCCACGCCUGUCUCGGCCGCGCCCCUCUGCUCCCCCGUCUCGCCAGGGCUCAAGGGCGGCUCCCUUACGCCCACGCCGGAGGAGGACAGCAUCGAGCCUGACGUUGACGUGACAGACGAGGGGGAGAUGGAGGGGGAGAAGGGCGUGGGCGGUGAGGGCGGCGCCGACGGGUCCAGUGGAGGCGGAGGCGGCGGAGGAGGGGCAGGAGGGGACGGAGACGAGUUUACGCCCAAGAAGAAGCAGCGCCGGUACCGCACCACCUUCACCUCCUUCCAGCUGGAGGAGCUGGAGAAGGCCUUCGCCCGCACCCACUACCCCGACGUGUUCACCAGGGAGGAGCUCGCCAUGAAGAUUGGACUGACGGAAGCCAGAAUACAGGUGUGGUUCCAGAACCGGCGCGCCAAGUGGAGGAAGCAGGAGAAGGUGGGGCCCUCAACGCACCCCUACGGCGGCUUCCCCGUGUCGUCACCGCUGCCUCUCCAGAACCCCGCCCUGCCGCCCACCAUCUCCAGCCCCUUCGCCGCCAGUCUCGGGUACAUCAGGAAGCCUCCGUCCUUCGACUCGCCACUGCUGCCUCCCUCAGCGUCUCGGCUGCCUGCUUCCUACCUGCAGGCGUCGACGGCCCAGCUGCUGCCCGGGGCUGGGUACCUGGCAGGAGUGUCUGGUCUGCGGGAUUUGCAUCAAUACCGUGCCGGCCUCCUACACCCGCCCCACUACCCGCCCUCCUUCACCCACCUCCUGGCCGGCCUCUCCUCCAGGCCCAAACUUCCUGAAUCUGACUAUGCUGCCCUGCUGGCGUCCGUGCCGGGGCUCCAGCCUCCCCUGGUGGCCCCGCCCGCACCUGUUACUCCUCCGGAUCCGCCGCGCACGACCAGUAGCUCCACGAGAGGUCGCUCCUCGUCUCCAGUGGGCGCUGUGGGCGGCGUGGACCAAGACCGCCGUGCCUCGUCCAUCGCGGAGCUGCGGCUGCGGGCCCGAGAGUACGAGCUGCGCCUGGAGAUGCAGCGGAAACACGGCGAUGUGGUGACCUGAGUCUCUCUUCUCUGACGUGACCUCACCCACGCCCUUGCCUCUGGCGCUGAGCAGGGAGGGACGGAACAUGAGUCGUUACCCGCAGCAUGAGGUGGCGGAGGGCGGGAGGGGACGGGAGGGGUGGGGGUGGCGCCGCUGGUGGCCGGAGCGGCGGCGUGAAGGGCGGAGUGCGAAUCUUCGUCCACCUCAACGAUCAAGAGAACGUUUGUUGUCUUGGUCUCGGUCAACCUCACAUGUUUUCCUUGUUAACGCUCUUGCAGUCACUUGUUACUUAAGGUGCUUCUUGUGAACCUUUGGCCUUCGAUUACUUUACUGUUCUUUAUUUCUAGAUACUCGUUGUAACUGGUUCCGUCCGUCAGCUGUUGCUAACAUUACUAACUUAACGUAAGUUCAUCUUAAGUACCUCAGACCUAGCCUAAGUCUGUUGUCAUAUACGUAAUAAGGAACACCGUCCAACCCGGGAGAGAGGGAAGAAGGGAGGGAGGGGGAGAGGGAAGGAUCACGCCUGACACAAAACUACCUAAGACAUCGGUUUUCCCUUAUAAAUUGAUCCAAAGAACUCUCAUGUUUAUAGAACUGACCGACUGAAAUAUGGAGCUGCAUCAUGAAGAUUUUGCGGCACUCGGCAAGUAAAUCAGAAAGGAAAGCUACGAAAAUAAAAGCAGUGAACAUUUACCAAGGAUGUGAUAAUCAUGUAUACAUAAGGAUACUCUAAUAAAACUGUGGUGGGACUCGGUAACUUCCCUGUGGCUCUCAAGAUGUUCAUAUUGUUGUAUAUAUUCAAGAAAGUGAAGAAUUAAUAAAAGAUUACGAUAAAUUUUGAAAGAUAAGUAACAGGGGAUUAAAAAAGGGUAAAUGAAAACAAGAAUACUAGUAGGAAGGAAGUAAGGAAAAUACAAUGAGAAAAGGAAAAAAAAUAACUGACGCAAAAAUUAUAAGGAAAAGGAAGCAAUAAAGAAAAUGCCAUACGGUGACCUAAACACACACUCGCAAAUAUCUUUCGUUAGUGGAGAAAGAAGCAAUAAAGUAAAACAGUUAAUAAUGAUGAAAAAUUAAUCAACUAAAUUCGUGACGUGAUUACAGGUGCUUUUUGUUCAACAUCCUUAGUGUUUGAUUAUCUGUCACAACAUCAUAAAUCACCCUUGUCAAAUUGCCAAGUAAACACCCACCAAGACAGAGACUAAAUUGGUACCAUUCACACAACUCCCUCUCCCUCACCCCUCCCUCCACCCAGCAUCCCUCUAACCUCCCAACCGCAUGUCCUCCCUAACACUCUCCCCCCAUCACCCCAUCUCCCCACCCCACACCACCCAACAUCCCUCUAUUGCCAUGUUCCUUGAGAUGUUGUUGCAAUACAGUUUACAAAGAAA